CGACAAUAGUACCCACUUGAAGCAUAAAUAAAGAAGCAUGUCAGCCUCCAUUCUGAAGAGCUUGGCAAAUUACCGGGUAAGCUCAGUUCUCAACAGAGAUGUGAAGCAGUUUGGGAAGAAGUUUCUAUUAGAUGGAGAUGAUGAAACAUGUUGGAAUUCAGAUCAAGGUUCUCCCCAAUGGGUUUUACUUGAAUUUUCAAAGCAGGUGGUAAUAGAGGAACUCCAUAUACAGUUCCAAGGAGGAUUUGCAGGGAAAGAAUGUCAUGUCCAAGUUGCCAGCAUUGAAAGUGAUGAGUUUACAGAACUAACAAAGAUUUUUCCAGAGGAUUCCAAUAAGCUUCAGGUAUUUACAUUGACCCCUGCUCCUCCAGUCAGCAAGCUUCGCAUUGUAUUUACAAGCAGCACAGAUUUUUAUGGCAGGAUAACAAUAUACAAACUAGAUGUUAUUGGAAGGACAGGGUCACAUGAUUAAAAUGUGUUAAUAUCCCUUGAUUGGCUUGAUUAUGCGUUACAUGUCAUUGUGAAGGAUGGGAAAGUGAAAAAAUGGGAAGUAUGCAUCCUGUAUCCUAGAGUAAUCAAUUGCUUAUGCACUGCUUGAGGGACAGACAAAAACUUUAUAGAUAAACUUUCCCAAUUGCUGAAAUGUGUAUGUAUAUUUGGGCUUGUCUAUGUAAUGAUUAAGGUUGAAUCAAUGGCCAUAGUUUUUGUUUUUAAAAUGGCAAAGCAGUGGAUUGAUGAUGAUGAUGAUGAUAUGAUAAGGGAAACUGCCUAACCAGCAGGUCAAGGUCACUUGAAAUGCCAGAAGACCUGAAUCUUUUUUGAUAUCGCAAGUCCUCUGGACUGUCAAGGUUUAUGUGAAAAUACAAUACAUAAUAAUAAAUCACUUGAUAAUAAAUCACUAGAUAAUAAAUCACAAUCACAUCUCCUCCAGACCUUCAGUAUCUCCAAAGUUUUCACCAUGUAUGGUAGGUGGAAAAGCAUUUUUGCACAAUCUGACAACCUAAGGAAGACUUAUAUUAAGACAGUACAAUAAAUAAAUAAAUAUUUGAGAGAACUCAAUUUAACCAAUUGAAUGUGUUUAACAUUAAAAUAAGUUGGGUUUGAGGAAUGAUCCAAUGCUUCUGAUUUGUGCCAGCUGAGAAAGGCGUCUUCUCUACCACAUUUCGCUCAUUCAUUUCUUUUUUCCACUUGUAUGAUUUUGACCUUGAUUUUGGUCUUAAGAGACAUUUGAAAGGAAUAUCAGUACUUUAUUCCCAUAUACUGGCUCCAUUAUUAAGAAAAUCAAAAUUGAAACCAGAUCGUGAAAUUUGAAAUGAAUGUUUUAGAUAAUGUGGGUGAUUGCUUCUUUCUUUCUCAUGUCAAAUUUUAUGUUUGAUCUUUUAUUAAUGAAACGUGUGUUGUCAGCACAGGAAAUGGCGGAGUUUAACAAGGGUUCGAACGUUGAAUUACGACAUCGUAAAUGGCACUUU